UUCUGUCAUGGUCUCAUUAUUAUAAGGAGCAGAUGAAUUCAUUUCAUGUUGUCCCCAAUCAAACCCUAAUCAGCCAAGGGUUCCUUUGAGAGAGAGAGCUAUCAGCUAUGGAUGGUAUGGACCACGGUGGUAUGCAUGGCAUGGGCGGCAUGUCGCCACCAACAUCAACCAUGAAUGGCACAACUGGGAUGAUGAUGCACAUGACCUUCUUCUGGGGAACGAACGCCGAGAUACUCUUCUCUCACUGGCCGGCCGGCAAAAGCACCGGCAUGUACGUGUUAGCGUUGUUCUUCAUCUUUGCGCUCUCUUUUCUGGUUGAGUUUCUCUCUCAUUGCCGCUUGGUCAAACCCGGCUCGUCCGACAUGGCGGCUGGUCUCGUCCAAACCUUCUUGUUCGCCGUACGGAUUGGGCUGGCGUACAUGGUUAUGUUGGCUGUCAUGUCUUUCAAUGGCGGUGUGUUUUUGGUUGCCGUGGCUGGGCAUACGUUGGGGUUUUUCUUUUUUGGUAGCAGGAUUUUCAAGAAACCAGAGGCGGUGAAAGGAUCCGAUCUUCCUCCUCUGACUUGUUGUUGAUCAGGAAUACUUAAUAAUCUCCUUUUGUUGUUUUGAAGAAUAAUUAAUGUUAUGGAUUGGAUGUAAAUUGCUUGUGGAAAUUGAAUUAUGGUUAUAUA